UCCAGGCAGCGAUCCCGGCAGACCCCGCAGCCGCGCGAGCUCCGAGUCCAGACCCCAUAGCCAAUCCCCGGCCACACCCCGCCCGGCUUCAUCCCGCCGCCUUACUCGCUCCUGCCUGCGCCCUCCAGCCCCACACCCGCUCCUCCAUUCUCUUCCAGUCCGCGAUCCGGCAGACGCCCACAGCCAAUCGCGCCCUGAGUCCAGACGCCAGUCAAUCCCCGCCCAGGCUCCAGGCUCCGCCCACGCGCCCGAAUCCCGCCCCACCAGGCCCCCAACCCCAGGCGGGACUCGAGCCGGUGGAAGCCAGGUUGAGGUGCGAAGGAGUGGAAGAGACUUGAGAAGGGCUAGAGCAUUGGUCAAGAACAUUAUUGAAGUGCUGGAACUGUCAUCAAAUCUGGAAAAUAACGGAAGCAUGUUUUUGGCCCAGAGGAGACUCUGCUCCAUUAGCAGUAGAGCAAGAUUCCUGAAGACAAUUUAUUCUACAAAAAUCCUCAAAUUCUCUUCUUCUCCUAAAAUGUCUUCGAAAUUCAAAAAUGCAAAACGGAUUGAAGGACUUGAUAGUAAUGUGUGGAUUGAAUUUACCAAGUUGGCUGCAGACCCCUCUGUUGUGAAUCUUGGCCAAGGCCUUCCAGAUGUAUCCCCUCCUAUAUAUGUAAAGGAAAAAUUAUCAAAGAUCGCAGCAGUUGACGGCCUGAAUCAGUAUACCCGGGGCUUCGGUCAUCCAUCACUUGUGAAAGCUCUGUCCUGCCUAUACGAAAAGUUUUAUCAUCAUCAAAUCAAUCCAAAUAAAGAAAUCCUUGUGACAGUAGGAGCAUAUGGAUCUCUUUUUAAUGCUAUUCAAGGAUUAAUUGACGAGGGAGAUGAAGUCAUAAUAAUAGUCCCUUUCUAUGACUGCUAUGAGCCCAUGUUGAGAAUGGUUAGAGCAACACCUGUUUACAUUCCCCUAAGAUCUAAACCUGUUGAUGGAAGAAAAUGGUCUAGUUCUGACUGGACAUUAGAUCCUCAAGAACUGGCAAGUAAAUUUAAUUCCAGAACUAAAGCUAUUAUACUAAAUACUCCACAUAACCCUAUGGGGAAGGUGUAUACCAAAGAGGAACUCCAAGUAAUUGCUGACCUUUGCAUCAAAUAUGACACACUCUGCAUCAGUGAUGAGGUUUAUGAAUGGCUUGUAUAUCCCGGAAAAAAGCAUUUAAAAAUAGCCACUUUUCCAGGUAUGUGGGAGAGAACAGUAACAAUAGGAAGUGGUGGGAAGACUUACAGUGUAACUGGCUGGAAGCUUGGCUGGUCUAUUGGUCCUAAUCAUUUGAUAAAACAUUUACAGACAGUUCAACAAAAUUCCGUUUAUACCUGUGCAACUCCUUUACAAGAAGCCUUGGCUCAAGCUUUUUGGAUUGACAUCAAGCGUAUGGAUGACCCACAGUGUUACUUUAAUUCUCUGCCAAGAGAGUUAGAAGUAAAAAGAGAUCGGAUGGUACACUUACUUGAAAGUGUUGGCCUAAAACCCAUAGUUCCUGAUGGGGGAUACUUCAUCAUCGCUGAUGUGUCUUCGCUAGAUCCCAGAAAGAAGAGGGAAGCACACCUGGCAGGGCCAACAGGACAUCGGGAACCAUCCUGGAUACACACACUCAACCAGCAGAGGAGAACAAGAGAGAGAGAGAAUGCAGACCUCUCUGACAUGGAAAGCAAUGAGCCUUAUGACUUUAAAUUUGUGAGAUGGAUGACCAAAAAUAAGAAACUAUCAGCCAUCCCUGUUUCAGCAUUCUGUAAUUCAGAGACUAAAUUACAGUUUGAGAAGUUUGUGCGAUUUUGCUUCAUAAAAAAAGACAGCACACUGGAUGCUGCUGAAGAAAUCAUCAAGGCAUGGAAUAAGCAGAAGUCUUGAUACGUACAGACUGUAUAAUGUUUCUGUUACAUGACCUAGUAUGGAAUUGUUACCUAGUGCUGCCACCUGCUGGAUGUUGAAAAACAAAUAUUUCCAUAAAAUUGGAAUUUAAAUAUUUGCAUUAUUUUUCCAAAGAAGUUAACCCUACUUAACAAUAUUCAGGAGAUCUGAUUUUUUUUUCAGUUGAAAUGUAUUAAAACACCUUCCACUAUCAUUUUAUGAGUCAGCAUAGUAUAGUGGAUAAGUAUUGUGAGAUGCUUAAUUUCUCUGUGCUUCGAUUUCCUUAUUAUAAAAGGGGAAUAAAAAUAGCACCUAUUUCAUAGGAUUAAAUGGACUAAUGUAUGUAAAGCUUGGCAAAAAAUAAGCACCCGCCUGAUGUUAGCCAGUUUCACCUCUAGCCAUGUGUAAAAGCUCCUAAUCAGUUACACCCCUCUACCCCAUAUCUUUGCUUUGUCUACCUUCCCGUAGUUCUCUCCCCAUCAUUUACCAAUGGCCUGGAACUUUGUUCAUUUUUUGCCUCUAUCCCAAGAACUGCCAUCAUUGGAGUGGCUUCAGGUCCACGUGGAUAACCUAGGCUUUCUUGUACCUUGCCCCUUCAUCUCUGGUCAUGUUCUCCUCCACUCCACUCCAGCCACCACUCUCUUGAGCACACCCUGAGGAGGCUUUCAUUUUUCAAUUUUUUCACCUUUGAGAUAAUAAAUUCAUCGUCUCACACUAUAACCACCUAUCCUUCCAGCUCAUGCUGUUUCUCUCUGCUUGUUUCUCUCUAUCUCUCUCUCUCUCUCUGUCUACACCCUGCCUCCCUUCCUCCUUCCCUCUCAACUGCUUGCAAAAUAUCCCUUCUUUAAACUUGUUAUAAUUUCAAACCCACUAUUUCUCAAAAAACUGUCCAUGGCCUUCUUACAUCAGAAUUUGCUAGGAUCCUUGUUGAAAGUAGAGAUUCUGGUCUUUACCUCAAACCUACUGAAUAAUAAUUUCAGGAUCCAGCCCUUCCCAGGUGAUUCUUACACACAUUAAAUGUUGAUCAUUUCUAUAGUCCAUAGAACUCUCAAUUUUAUUCCUGUCAGUCCCCUUAUAUCUUCACUCCCUUCCUCAUGUAGCUUAGAUUCUAUUGUCUAUCACUUCAGCCAAGAUACUUUUGCUGCCUUGAAUUACUUGUCCCAUGGUUCUAUCUCACCUACCUGGUCAAAAAAAGAACUCAAUUCUGGGGUUGAAGCUCCAUGCCUUGCACCUGGGCUGCUGAGCAUUGCUGAAGCAGAUUGCAUGAUUGGGCAGGUUCUAACAACUGAGAACUCACAUCAUUGACCUGAACUAGACAUAAUACUUCUAUGCUCCUAUAAUGAGCUUUCUCUGCUUUUUACACAGCAGCAAUGUCUAACAUUCUCCUAUUAUCCAUAAUAGAAAUAUCCAACUUCCAUUCUUCUCACACCUCAAAGCACAAUUUAAUCACAGCAAAUGACUUCAUCUCCCGCUUCUGUGAAAAACAAAACAAAAUGAAAAAACAGAAGCUACCAGACUGGCACUUCCAACUGGGAUCCUACCAAUAAGCCUCUGACUUAUCUACAUCAGCCCCCACAUCCUGUCUUCAUUCUCUCCACUUGUAAAAGUCAUUCCUUGACCUGUCCAGGAUGGACAGGUUGGGUAUGGCAGCCAAGUGGGGUGGGCUGUUGGUUAAAAAUGACCAGACCCAGCCUUACAGAAGGAGGCUCAGGACACCAAGAGCCAAUUAUUACUUAGCAAUACAAAUCCCAUGGAAAACUUUUAGCCUGUUGACCCUUGCUGGGAACUUAAUAAAAUUUAAACAAGCAUUUAAACCUGCUCUUUGCAGCCCUGGACAUGUCCAAUACUAACCUCACCAUCUGUGUUUUGGAUCUCAUUUAUUCUCAUACUCUCAGAGCAUUGGUUCAAUCCAUUCUCUUACAUCUACAGCCUCUACUCGCUCCCUUCCUCAGAAGUGAGACAUGUUCAGUUCUCUCCCAGCUUAGAAAACCCUUUCCCUGAUUCUACUAUGCUGUUAUCUCUUUCUUCCUCUUCAGGGAAAAAUGUCUUCCUUUUUUCUAUCUUUCCUUUCUCCUCCCCUCCUUUCUCCUUCCCUUCCUUUUGUCCCUUUCUUUCCUCCCUUCCUUCCUCCUUUCCUUCUUUCCUUCCUUCCUUCCAUCCAUCCAUCAAGUAUUCAUUGAACUCUACUAUGUGCCAGGCACUCUUCUAGGCAUUUAGUAUAUAGCAGUGAAGAAAUGAACAAAGAUCCCUGCCUCCAGGGCUUUGCAUCUAGCUAGGGGAGGGAAACUAAGUCAUAUACAAUGAAAUAUAUUGUAUGUAAACUUUUACAUGAUAAUUGUGUGAAGAAAAGUAGAGCAAGAUAGAGAAGAAUGAAACUGUCAGGGAAGCAAAUGGAAUUUUAGGUAGCAUGCUCAGAUAAGUCUCAAGGAGGAGACAUGGAAGCUGAUUUAAAGGAGGAUAGGGAGAGAGCCUAUGGACAUACUGGGGACAACAUUUCAGGCAGAAGAAAUAGCCAGUGCAAUGGCUCUAAGACAGGAGAGUGCCUGGCAAGUUGAUGAGUUCUAAAAGUUGGGUACUACUGGAUGGAAUAACCAAGGGGAGAAGUAGGUACUAGAUCAGGUAUUAGAUCAGAGAAGUAACAACUCAAGGAUUGUUACAAGGAUGAUGGUUUAAUCCAGAGAAUCAGAGAGCCAUUCCAUUUUUUUUUUUUUUUAAAAGAUGACCGGUAAGGGGAUCUUAACCCUUGACUUGGUGUUGUGAGCACCACACUCAGCCAGUGAGCGAACCGGCCAUCCGUAUAUGGGAUCCGAACCUGGGGCCUUGGUGUUCUCAGCACCACACUCUCCCGAGUGAGCCACGGGCCGGCCCCCAUUCCAUUUUUUAAUACGUAAAAUGUUUAUUGAACAUUGUUUGUAAUUAUUCCAAACUGGAAACAACGAAAAUGUCCAUCAACAGUCUAAUAUUUGGAGGAUAUAUUAGUACAGUGGGAUACAUACAGCAAUGAAAAUUAACAAACUACAGCUACACACAAUAACAUGAAUGAAUUUCACCAACUCUGUUUUCAUAGGGCUUCCUCACAGUGUCUUCAAAGAAUCAGCUGAAGUUCUCAGUUGACACAGUGUUCUAUAGCACUAGAAUCCUUGUGGUCACUGGCACUGUGAUCAUUGAAGCCUAAUGUCAGCCCCCAAGUCCAUGGUUCCAGAAUUUCUGUGUACCUACUAGAGUGAGGGUUUCCAUGGUUUGGUCCUACAAGCCUAAGACUGGCUCAUAGAGAACUCUACAUCUGGGUGAUUGAAAGGACAGAGGUCAUCAUCCCUUCCAUUGAGCUGAGCUGAGGUGAGGAAAACAGACUUGGGGAGGAAGAGGAAAUGGAUUUUUAAAUAUGGGGUCUGUAGGCAAAUAGUACAGUAUUGGAUCAGGAAAAUUUUUAAAGUUUGACCUAAUAUCUCUUGGACAUUAGAGGCAAAGGCCGCAUCUGAAUCUUCCAGAUGCCUAACUAGAUAUCAAGCCUAACUGGUAGAGAGUAUAACUGCUAAAGUGGGAAACCCAAAGGGGCUGGACACAGGGGUCUGCAGAGACCUGAGGCUCACAGAACAACACGAUCAUCAUAGGGUCUGGCUGAUAAACCCAGCUCACACCUAGCACCUAGCCUGUUACUGGUUCCCCUGGUGAUCACUUUUCUUGCUGCUACUGCCCAAAGUAUUUGGCCCUGCAAUUUUUAAAUAACAUCUGCAUUUGCACUCAUCCAGGUUGAAGUUUCCAGCCUCUUCCUCCCUCCUUGAACGCUGGGUACUUUUAUCUUCUGAAAUAGUGACCCAGACCUGAGUUUUCUACUAACCUGCUGUGGAGAGUACAUUUUUUACAUUCUCAUUCUUGAGGGGACCCCAAGUUCUUGAGGCUUUUGCAUCUUUUAAAAGUCUGUACUGAGUAUAGAUUGUAGGGGGAGCAAAGAUUGAGGUAUGGAGACCUAUCACAAUAAUUCUGGUAAGCAAUCACAAUGGUAGCAGUGGAAGGGUAAUGCUCAGAUUCUGGAUAUUCAUUGAAGGUAGAAACAGAGUUUCUAAGGGGCAUGAGAGAAAGUGAGGAAUGAAGAGUGAGUCCAAUUUUUGGCCUGAAGCGACUGAAAUGGAUGCCACCACUGAGGUCAAGAAGGCUCCAGGAGGCGCAGGCUUGGGGGAAGAGCGGGAGCUCAGUUUGGCACACAUAGGUGAGAUGCCCAUCCGACUUUCAGGUAUACAUGUUGCGUGGGCAGCUGGAUAGUCAAGUGCAGUGUUUAGGAAAGAGAUUCCAGCUGGACAUAAUGAAUUUGAGAGUCUCUGGUAUAUUGAUGUUAUUUAAAGACAUGAGACCAGACUAAAUCACCAGAUACAUGAGUAUAGACAGCGACAAGAGAACUGGUAACUUCGCUCUGGGCUUUUUGAGAAAUUUUACCGCAAACUGGAGUAACUCUUGAAAGAAUUUUUCUCAUUUGAUGAUUCCACUUUCACACACACACACACCCUUCACUUACCCUCAACUAUCUGAGGUCUGGCUUCCACACCCAAUAUUGUUCUAAAUUCUCUAAUGACCUCCAUAUUCCUAGAUUUAAAGGAAACUUCUCAGUGUCAUCUGACUUUACUUCUUUGGAUUUACCACUGCGGACCUCUCUGGCCUUCUUAAACCCUACCUUUCUUGUUCCUGUGAUGCUGCCCUCUCGUGAAAUGCCUCCCACCUCUCUGGCUGCUCUUCUCAGUCUUCUUCUCUUGUUCCUUAAUUAUUGGUAUUUUGGUACUAGACUACGUUCUCUUCUUUCUCACUAAAUGGCUCCAUUCUCUAUGUGCUAAUGGCUCCCAAAUCUAUCUCCAGCCUAGUCCUUUCAGUUGAAUUUCAGACCCACAAUCCCACACCUCAUUUGUCAUCUCCACACGGACGUUUCAUAGUCAGACCCAACCCAGUCUUGUCUCUUUACCUCAGUAAAUGAUGACACCAUCCAGUAGCUCAAGCCGUAAAACCUAGAAAUCACUCUUAUCUUUUUCCCCACAUCCAAGGAAAUCCUCUAUGUAUUAUCCUAAAUAUUCCUUAAAUCCAUCUCUUCUCUCUUCUCCAUUUGCUGCCACUCUGAUGCAGGCCAAUAUUAUCUUUGAACCAGAUUAUUAUUCAACUUCCUGACGGUUCUCCUUGACUCGCUCCUUGUAAUCCAUUAUCCCUGUAGACCCAAUGAGUUUUCUAAAAUGCAAAUGUGAUCAUGUUACAUAUAUUAGUUAAAAAUAUUCAUGUUGUCUAACUCAUAAGGGUUUAAACAAAAUAAAAACAAGUUUUCUGUCUCAGCAUUUCAGUUACAGCUUGAUCCAGGACUCAAAUUAUACUGUCACCAAGCUCCACGGGCUUUUUUUCCCCAAAACCAAAAAUAAUUUAUUAGUGUGACAACUGUUGAAUAAAUUAUUAUAGGACAAAUUUAGCCAUGUAGUUUACUGUCUUAGCAGAGGCUGCAUCAGCAAACACAAGACUUGGGAGAAUGAGUGGUAAUUAUGUCAUAGGCUCACAGGGACCCUGCUGUGGGGUAGCAGAGAAGGAAAUGACGGAGGAAAGGUGAGAAUUAAGUACUGGAGAGACAGACAGGGGGAGAGCGAGAGAAAUGAGUAUCUGGUCAAGAAAAAGGCAACAGGACUUAGUGCAAUCAGAAUUGACCUUUUUUUUUUUUUUUUUUCCUUUUCCUCUCCCACUUAUGAGGGAUGAGGAUAUACUAUAUUUCUCUUUCUGUGCCUGGUUUAUUUCACUUAACAUAAUUUUCUCCAAGUUCACCCAUGUUGCUGCAAAUGGCAGAAUUUCAUUCCUUUUUAUGGCAGAGUAGUAUUCCAUUGUAUAUAUACACCACAUGUCCUUAUCCAGUCGUCCAUCAGUGGACAUUUAGGGUGAUUCAAACCUAUUGUAAACAGGGUUGUGAGAAACAUGGGAGUGCAUUAUCCCUUCAACAGAACAGUCCACCCUGCAGAUUUGGAUGUGCCAGCCUCCAUAAUCUCAUGAUCCAAUUCCUUUAAAUAAAUCUCUCUAUAUAUGUACAUCCUAUUCAUUCAGUUUCUCUGGAGACCCCUAACUAAUAUAGGUGUAUGUAUUAGCAAGAAAUGGAGAUACAUUGUCUAUAAAUCCUUGAAGUUAGAUAAGAAAUCAUUCUAUGACAUCAUAUUACACAAUAAUAAGAACUAUGGACUUCACAUAGUAAGCAGUGAUAAAGUUUUGAAGAUUUUUAUGGAAGAGAGGGAAAAUGGCAUAAACUAUAGUUUGGUUACCCCAAAACCCAUAAUAGCCACCUUCUCCCUUGACUACUGUUAAGGCUAAAAAGUCAAAGUACCCAAUUUCUCAGCUUCCUUUGCAACUACUCAAACGUGCCUGAGAAGAGAUUCUUCUCAUGAAAAGAAGAUAAAAGUUAAAGUCUUCCUGAGACUUUUUUGUCUUUUUUGUCCUCUCCACCCUCAACCUUUUUCCUUCCUGGAAUGUCGAAGUAGGACCUGGAGGUGCAGCAGCCAUCUUGCAUUUGUGCAGCAACUAGCAUGAGGUUGAAGACCUACAUACUAAGGAUGCAGAGAAGAAAGAUGGAAAGAAACAGGGAUCCUAGAAGCAAUUUGAAGCCACCGUACUUACCCCAGACUAUAUAAUGCAUGAGCCAAAUAAAACCCUAUUUCUUUAA